CAUGCGGCUCAUUCCUGCGGCUCUAGCGGCGCUGGCUGCAUUCCUCAGUCUGGACUUCCUGUCAGCUCAUCGGGCCGAGCCGGACCCGACCAGGCGGCGGAAAGAUGGAAACCUUGGAGAUGGUGAAGCGGGACAGAAGAAGAAGCAGCCGCACAUCAUUUUUAUUCUGAUCGACGACCAGGGCUUCAACGACAUCGGCUACCACAACCCCACCAUCAAGACCCCCACUCUGGACAAACUGGCAGCCGAAGGCGUCAUACUGGAGAACUACUACGUUCAGCCCAUCUGCACGCCGUCCCGCAGCCAGCUGAUGACCGGCAGGUAUCAGAUCCACACGGGACUGCAGCACUCCAUCAUCAGACCCAGCCAGCCCAGCUGUUUGCCCUCAAACAUGGACACGCUGCCCGAGAGGCUCCGAGAGGCCGGAUACUCCACGCACAUGGUCGGCAAGUGGCACCUGGGCUUCUACAGGAAAACUUGUCUUCCCACCAGGAAAGGUUUCGACACCUUCUUUGGCUCCUUAACAGGAAGUGUGGACUACUACAGUUACGGGUCUUGUGACGGCGCUGCGUCGUGCGGGUACGAUCUCCAUGACAACGAGAGCGUAGCGUGGGGGCACGAGGGGAAAUACUCCACGACUCUGUUCACGCAGCGAGCUCGCAGGAUCCUGGAGAGCCACGAGCCGACGGAGAGGCCGCUCUUCCUGCUGCUGUCCCUGCAGGCAGUUCACACCCCGCUGCAGCCCCCCAAGUCCUACAUCUACCCGUACCGAGACAUGGCCAACGUCGCCAGGAGAAAAUACGCCGCCAUGGUCUCCACGGUGGACGAGGCGGUCCGAAACGUCACCUACGCCCUCAGGAAGCAUGGUUACUACAAAAACAGCGUCAUCAUCUACUCCACUGACAACGGCGCCCAGCCUCUCAUAGGAGGCAGCAACUGGCCGCUUCGAGGCCGAAAGGGCACGUAUUGGGAGGGUGGAGUCCGCGGCGUGGCGUUCGUGCACAGCCCGCUGCUGAAACGAAGGAGACGGGUCUCCAAAGCUCUUCUCCACAUCACGGACUGGUUCCCCACCCUGGUGGGACUGGGUGGGGGUGACAUCAGCCAGAGCCGGGGUCUGGACGGUUUCGAUGUCUGGCCCGCCAUCAGUGAGGGGGCGGAGUCUCCUCGUCAGGAGAUCCUCCACAACAUCAACCCUCUGCACCGACGGCCUGUUGCCAGCUUGAGCUGGGACGACACGGAGACGAAGCGGCCUGCAGGUACCGAGCCGACACAAACUACGACUCAGGAAAACUCGAAGAAGAAGAAGAGAGUUCUGAAGAUGAAACAACACAAGAAGUCCACGUUCAAAUUAAAGACCAUCCAGAAGCCUUCAAAGAAAUCUUUAAGUUCUGCUGGAAAGUCCAAAAAGACCAAAGCUCCUAAAGUGAAGUCAGAACCAGCACCCAAACCCAAAGCUCACGUUCAGCACCAGGCCCAGCUCCGGUAUGGACCAAAGAUCCAGUCCAGUGGUUCUUCGUCGAUCUCUGGUACCGCUCGUCAGAAGUCAAAGUCCAAGCGGACCACCUUACAGUACCAGAACCUGUCUCAGACUCGGACAAAAUCAAAGACGAAGCUCAAGCUAAAGUCCAGGCAGACAUUAGUCCAGAACCACAACAUGUCCCGGUCCAGAACACCACGCCCCAAAGCUCAGUCCGGACCUCGGUCUUCGGUGUGGGACACAUCGGUGCAGGCGGCCAUCCGGGUCGGAGACUGGAAGCUGCUGACAGGAGAUCCAGGACAUGGAGACUGGGUCCCGGUGCAGGUUCUUCCCACCCUCCUGGGCCACUGGUGGAACCUGGAGCGCUCCGUGCCGUCACAGGACGAGUCCUCGGUCCCUCCAAAAACCGUCUGGCUCUUCAACAUCACAGCCGACCCGUACGAGAGGCAGGACCUGGCGGACCAGCGGCCAGAUGUGGUCCAGCAGCUGCUGGCCCGCCUCGCCUACUACAACCAAACAGCCGUGCCCGUUUACUUCCCGCCCAACGACCCGCGGGCCGAUCCGAAACGGCACGCGGGAGCCUGGGUCCCCUGGGCCGACGAAGAGGAGGAGGAGGGAAACCAUCCAGGAGCUGAUAAGAAGGAGCGGAGCGGGAAGAGGAAGAGGAGGAAGAAGAAGAAGAAGAACUGUCGGCUGUGCAAACUGAAGUCCUUCUUCCUCAAACUGAACACGGGGAUGAUGUCGAACCGGAUCUGA